UUCUCGUCUCCGUUGCUACCUCUAUACGUAAAAGCAAACUCGAUUGGACGGACAUCACCGUCAGAGGCUCGGGAUACCGUCAGGUUUUGUCGAGAGAAGUGGACGUAUCAAAAGCUCGCAGCGAAUGGCAGCACAGAUCUGUUUGCUGCAAGCAAGUAGCUUCUAGAGCUACAUCAUCGGGAACAAGUCCGCGAUUCGAAGUCUAUCGGGUUUAAUUUCGCAUUCGUUAUCAGCAACCUGUACCGUGAGUGUGUUAUCAGUAGUGCGCUCUGGAUUUCGAGCACGUUGUACUGCAAGAUUCCGGCUAUACGGGAUUUUUCUGGAAAUAUGUCUACUUUUGGGAAGGUCAACAGGUUUGACAGUGUGCGUUGAGGAAUUUGUUUUUUUGGGAAAAUAACCACGGCCGACAAUUUUUAAUACCCUGUGAAAACAAUACAUAAUUUCACCGAUCCUUAUGCGACCAAAGUUCAUCUCAGCCUCGGGGGUACUUUUCCGAAAGGAUCAAUCGUGGCACCCGCAGCUGUGUGUGAUAUAACGUCAUCAAAUAAUAAUAAUAAAUUGAGUGCUGAUUCGUAAAUACGGGAGAGAGAAGGCAAUUAGAACCGAUCGGAUCAGGGAGAAGGGCCACCAGAGGACGCUGUUCGGAUGUUGAUGCGGGUAUCCGAAGGGAAUUUGUUUUCUCCAGUUAAACAAUUUCAAGGUUGCUGGCAAGUGGGCGGCUCUGGCUAUCUAUAAAUAGCAUUUGGAAAGUCUGUCCUCGGUGUCGUGAAUUGCAAUGAGCAGUGAAGAAAUGUAGAUACAUUCCAAUGUUGAUUAAAUCUUCAGCUCGCCAGAAGCAGUGUGGAAAUUGUCGUGUGGCGAAACCAAUCGAAAAUCGUAGUCGAUCGGAAAAGUUGCUGGUCGUCAUUGGAGGUGAAAUGCAUCCGCAACAGUGUAUGUAAGCAAACUGUGAAGAUUGCUAUCAAUCUGUGAAAGUGUGGGUGUUAAACUGUUUCUUUUUGGGCUUAUCACGAAAACAAACCUUGAGUGUCAGUCGUUGGAAUACGUACGGAUCCAGGUUAGGCUUUCCAACAAACUCCGGUCAAUCGAAGAACCAAAUCAUCCUUUCUCGGAUAAAUAACCUUCACAAUGACCGGCUCGUGCGACCGAUGGAAUACAAAAUUGUAUAACAUCGGUUUAUAUUUCCUUAAUAUGAAGUAGUAUUAGUUAUAUACAAGGUGCCGAGCUCUUAUCAGUUAUUGCUUUGUUGAUUAUCGCCUCCGCUCGAAGCUGGAAACGAUCCUGUGUGGACGAGGGAUUUCUGCUGGAACGAUCUCAGCCAAGGAGCACUGCGCUGUGUCCGUUCCGUUAUUUGCGUUUUGGCGAAGUUUCUAAAGCUCGUGAUUAAAAAAAUGUGAUAUAUUUUUAGUAUAUUUGGUGAUUUCGAUAGUUUAGUUAAAAAAAAUCAGAAAACAAAAAUGAAAAAGUGCAACAAAUUAUUCUAUACCUUCUGUUGAUGCCCCAUCCAUGAUUACAAAUAAACACCGAGUUUUUUUUCGUUUUUGUAACUGCUAAACCGUUCAUACUCAAACCGUGCAAUCAGUGGUAAUGACCCCGGGACGCACAACGAAAAUCAUGGAACGUGUCGGGGGAACAGGUUUCGGAUUCAAUUCGGGUCCCUUCGGUGGCCAGGCCGAGGAACGACCGAAACCCACCGUCGAAACCAUUCACUCGGGCCAAUUCAUGGUGUCACAUUUCGAAACCGAGGGUCAGGAGGACGAGGACGAUGACGAUCUGGGCAUGCAGGUCGUCGUCGAAGACGUCAAACCGGCCAUUGUGGAUACGGUUAUCUCCAAUAUAAUCUCCAAGCGGAAUCCGCAACUGUUGAUGGACCCGUCAGCCCUUGGCAGUUCCAGCAGCAGCUCUAGCAGUGCCCUGGUUCCGUUGCUAAGGAACCCUUCCUUAGCUGUUGGGGGGAGUGGCAGCAAUCUAGCGAUGGGAUCUAGCGGAUCCGGUAUUUGCAGUGGCAACGAGCUGAUUCGAUAUGCACAAAAACGGCAACCACUGCAUUUAACCAGCCGCUACUCGUCAUCGUCGGUCGAAAUCGAUACGGACCUAUCGACAGUGUUCAACACGCUCAACGUCACCUACACCCAAAAGCUCACAUCCCCCAAGUGGAACCCGUUCAAGGGUAUUCGGUUACGAUGGAAGGAGAAAAUUCGUCUCAACAAUGUUAUCUGGCGGUGUUGGCACAUGCAGUUUAUCAUGAAAAGGAGAAUUCUAGUCUGCCAAUUCGCAUCUCCAUUAGACGUAGAUAUACACAAUACACCUCAGGCAAUCUUACUCGAAGGAAAAUAUUGGAAACGCAAAUGUAACGUUAUCAAGGCAGAGUACAAAAAAUGGCGUCGAUACUACGUGAACAAAGCGCUCGGUGCAUCUAACAUUGUAGAUACGGCAAGUGAGUUAGACUUUCUGGAAUGGUCACCGAACAGCAAUGAGUCCCCGUUUAUGAUCACCGAUAAUAUGCCCACGGAUACGCUCUUUUCAACACUAGCGCAGUAUCCGUUUCCCGAUUCGCGAGAAAUUGCUCGUGGAGCAAACCGAGCCGAUUUCAUACAGCCCAGUUUGGGCCCAUUGCAACCGAAUUUUGAUGAUUUGAUGGAUUUGGAUCUCGACUUUCUAAAUUUUCCUCGAUUGGCGACGGUACCGGAAGAAGGAUCCGAGGAUAUUUUGAGAGCGAUUGACUAUAUAAGUCCUUAUGUUCCAAGUUCAACAAACAGUAGUAGCAGCAUACAAGAGAUUACCGACUCGCUUCCCAGCAUAGGGCAAUCAAGCUCGUCAAGUUUCGUCAACAGAUCUAGUGGAAGUUCGGUCAUCACGGGACCAGCCACUUCUGGAAUGAAUAUCGAUCAUUCGGCGCAACAGCGAACGAACAUUUUGAACGCCUCUUCUCAACCGACGAUACAAUAUUCUGCCAAAAUUUACUCACAAAAUUUGAACGCUCCAACGAGCAGUGGAAAUACCUUAGCGACAUCUGGUCAAACUAGUUCACUUGGGCAGCAGGAUCAGCAACAGCAGCAGUUGACCAAUUCGAUCGGAAGCUAUCUUCAACAUCAGCAGUCGAAUAUUUUAGUAAACGUUCCUUCUGCUUCAACGGUUAUCAGUAGUGAAACCAAGGAAGACUUGAACAAAGAUUCCAAGCAGAAAUAUUCGCGCAGCUUUCUGAAGCAUACGCGAGAACCUCAUAAUUACGACAAGUGUCCACCAACAACGCAUCAAACAAUGGCUUACAAUUUGGUAUCCCAGAAUCCGAACGUAUUCAAUGCGGGUCAAUACGCCUCGAAUCAGUUCCAGGUGCAACAACCGAUCGGAAUUAUUCAAAUGCCAACGAUGUCGAAUCCAAACAUGCUGAAUUAUGGACUUCAGAUGCAACAUUCGGAUAGUCCAAACAAUAUCGUGAAUCUAUCUGGUGUGUCAGCUUCCGGUGUUAGUAAUUCCAACCUGAUUAUGGCUGGUAUGAACUCCAACCUGUUGACUCACAGCCAAUCGCUACCGGUUCAAAACCAGUUAAAUUCCCAAAAGCCACAACCGCGAUCGAUAUCGAUGCCAACAGCUCCAAACUACCCCCCGAUGAAUUCACCUCCCGGAGCCUUACAGCAUCAAGAUUCAUUCAAAGGAUCUCUUCAUCCGACGUCCACUUCAAUGCACAAGUCCUAUCAUGCGCAUCAACCGCAGCCAUACAAAAUUCCUUCGCAAAAUAUUGGUCCGUAUGGCAACACUGGACGAAGCAUGCGACACGCAUCGCCGCCGCAAGGACACCAACAGACACAAGUAAUAGCGAUGGGUCAGCAACCUUCAUUGGAGCAAUCCCAACAACAGCUGCAAGAUCUCCAGCUUCAACAGCACCAGCAGCUGUCUCCUCAGUCUCAGACAUCACAGCAGCAGCAACAGCAACAAAAGAGGCACCCUCCGCAUCCAACCAAAGAAAUGUUCCGUUCCAAUAGUCUGCCCAUCAAUGCAACCUUCCCGUUGCCGCCUAAAGAUGAGACUUUUGCCUUCCCGCGGCCGAAACCGAAUCCCAAACUGCGAAGUAGAAGCAAUUCGAUGAUCAUGAAACAGGCUACAUCAUCCGGAGCCGGUUCGAUCAUGGGCAUCAGCGGUACCAAUCUUUUACCAGCUCUUCACACUACCACCAGUGAACCGAUGCUAAACUCAACCAGUAGUGCACUCUUAGCACAACUUCUAACUACCAAUAAUACCAGUACCUUACUGCAGGCCAAAAUGCAUAGUACUUCAUCCAGUGCCAUCCACAAUCAAAACGUACAACAACAAUCUUCAUCACACAGCGUUGCUCAAUCACAGCAUCUGUCCCACGUCCAUCAAAAACACAGCUCAGCGAACCCCACCUCACCUUCAUCAUCCCAGAUACAGCACCAACCCAGUCAAAGCAAACCAACUUCGCAGCAUUCGCCGCAACCUCUGCUAUCUUUCGGUGGCGGUAACACGAGCCACAGCUCGGUCCUAUCAUUCGCCUCUUCAUCUUCCACCGGCGCCACUCAGUCCUAUUCCCCCACCGAUACGACCAUGGACCAAGAUGCCCCAAUGUCCCUGACAAGCCUACUAACAGACGUGUCCCAUCAAACGGGAAAUACUAGCCCCGGAAGUAGCGGAGGAGCCGGACACAAGUUCCACCUGCAGCAGCAACAGGCACGUUCGGACAGUCAACGACGCUCCGGACACAUCCACGCGGAACAGAAACGUCGCUACAAUAUUAAGAACGGGUUCGAUAUGCUGCACUCACUGAUUCCGCAGCUGCAGCAAAAUCCCAAUGCCAAGCUCAGCAAAGCUGCCAUGUUGCAGAAGGGAGCCGAAUACAUCAAGCAGCUGCGAUCGGAGCGAGCCGCUACCAAUGAGAAAACCGAAGCGCUGCGACGGGAGAUUGAGGCACUUAAUAAUUCGCUCAGCAAUUUGCAAACGGCGCUUCCAGCGAGUGGCGCACCAGUUUCACGGCAGCGCACCGGACGCGUCAAGGAAUUAUACCAACAGUACGUACGCCAGCGCACGUUGGACAAUUGGAAAUUUUGGAUUUUCGGCAUGAUUUUCGAACCGCUGAUGAACACCUUUAACCAGACGGUUUCCGUUGCCAGCCUGGACGAAAUGUGCCGCACGUCCCAGCUUUGGGUGGAUCAGCACUGUUCCUUGGUGGAAUUGAGACCAGCCGUCUCAAAUAAGCUGCGACAACUAUCGACAACGACCGACAUCCUGUCGGAUCCGCCGACCUCGCUACAGGAGGAAGUCUUGAAGGCAAUAUCCUCCUCGAUGCCACUUCCAGGAGGUGGUUCCAGUGGAAGUCGUGGAAGCAGUAAUGCUAACAGCCCUAAUAGACCCAAUUCCAGUGGAAUGAUGUAAACUUCGCCAUGAAAUUAGAUCGAAAAUGAGAUUCAUCCAUUGCUUAGUGGAAGCAUUUGGUAAAACGGUAGUAGAUUGUAGAUAACCGCUUCUAGAGAGUGCCUUGUUAUAAGAGAAAAAUUAUUGAGAGGACGUCAAAACAAAAGCACUUGUUGUACCAUUGGGACCUGAUCAUUAUGACCAUAGAUGUCCACUGUACGUGUUAUCUUGGUUAAAUAUCAAUUAAAAAAAAGAAGCUCACUCGACAGAAGUGAACAAUCUAAGAGCUCUUGGUAGCUGAAACGGCCUAGACAUCGAUGGAAAUUUUUCUAAAACUUGAAAAUUACCCAAGUUUUGAUGCAAAAUCGGCGCGCCCAAACACAGUGCGGUGCCAUAAUACGUCUCCUGGACAACAACGAAUCAGCAUUUUGCUCCUGAUGUUUUCCGUCGGGGUUUGAACUUCGAACACCGAUCGAAACCAGCACCAGCACCAUAUCCAAAUAUGUUCCAGUCGAAUAUCUUUGCCUGCAGGAAAAUUGCUGUACUUUAGCUGUAAUCUUUAGAGUGUAGAGUUUUUCUGCCACUAUUCAAGUUUUUUUUUGCGUCAUGUUAAUGCUAUCGUUAAACUGUAGUGUGGUAGGUUUCGUUCAGCUGUGUGUGUUGAUCUAAAUGAUUGGAUUUUGUGAAUGUGAAAAGUCGAAUGUUUCAGGGAUAUUAUUGUCUGGAUGUGAGUGACUUAAUAGCUAGCCAAGUAAUAUUUUUAAGUUUGUUAACUUCUUCUUUUUUAAUUCUCUAGGUUUACGUUUUACAGUAAACAAGAACAAAGAUGUAGUUAUAAAGCAACAAACUGUUAAUCAUAACCAGAAUAAAUAUAUUUUUGUAAACACUUUAA